UCAACAGUUGUUUUGUUAUUUUCAAAAUGUCACAUCCAUUUUCCUUAAGAUUUUUACAAGUUGUAGUUAUAAUUACGAUUGGUACAGGGACAUAAAUGCAUGUUACUUGUUGAAUUUACAUGAUUAUGACAUGGUGUGUGCACUAUUGCACCCCUCUCACACAGCUCUCACAUCAGUAAACACAGAAGAGGAAUGUGCAAAUUAAGUAGCAAAAGGAAGUUCUUGCUUUGUUUUGAUGGAAGAUUACAAAGGCAAAGUAAUAACAGUUUUUAUCAAUAGCUUUGGCUCAUUUCUUGAUUGAAAUUUAAAUUUUUCAAAACAAUAAUUUAGACCUCUGAACAAUUAGCUUCUUGUUCACCUCAGAGUGGCAUUUCUUAUUGAUUUAAGCAAAUUGCAAAUGCUUUGGCACGUGUGUGCAAACACUAAGUACAAUUGUUUGUAGUUUGGACAAAAACUACAAACUGCAUAUGGCCUGUUGAUCAAAACUGAUGAGUCGAUUCUCAUUUAAACUGUCAAAUUCUUCACAACUUCUCAAUCCUUUUUCAUUGAGUAAGCCAUCACAGUCAAAACAGUUUAUUGAAUUAUUAAACAUUUGCAAACACGCGUUUAUGUUUACACCAUAGAUAAAAACCUGAUAUUGACAGUGUUUGUUAUGUCUGCUAAAUUGGUAAAGUACCUCUACAAUACAAUUUGCUUUAUCUAUUUCAGACUCAACUUUUUUUUAUCCCAAUUAGGGAAACUAAAGUUGCAGCAAGGUGUCAUAACACAUGCGAAGUUUCAUGUACACAUUGCCAAAAUAUAACCGCAAAACAUACAAUUCAUAAUUUUUUUGAUGCAUCUCCCUCCCCGCUGGACUCAUUUAAUGACCUAAUGCCCACCAUUAUUGAAGACGAAAGAUUUCCUGCAAAUAGGAAAUCUAAAACAACGUCCUGAUGGCAGCAGCAUCUGGGGUGCAUAAGAUACCCUGAGCUCUCUUUAAAACAUAAUUAUGGUAAAUUACAAUUGGUAAAUUUACAAUCAGUUUUGGCAGCAUAUAUGUAGAUUGCCCACAGCCAAAGCACUACCUUUUUAAGAAUGUAGAACUUCUGCAACAUCUUGAGCAAUUGGCAGACAUGUAAUCCUGGCAAGGUGAACAAAAGCGGCAGGAUGUCCACCUAGAAUCAUUUUUAAUAGAUACUUUGUAGUAUUGUUUAUUUGUGGUAACAAGAAAUAUGAAAUAUACAAUACAGUAAUUGGUCAAGCAAGAUUUCAUUCUUCAUGUAAUUCAUUCAUACAAAAAAAUUGUAGCAUAUAGGCUAAAUACAAAUGUUCAUAUUUUUCUAUGUACCAUUUACUCUUAACAACUAUCAGAAUUUUUUUCAAAUCUUAAUUUCCAUGGUUGACUGUCAUGGUGAAAAAAACCUGAUAUUUUGAGCAGUGUGGCUCACACCAUGACAAAUACACUUUAUAUUUUGGUGGUCUUGGACCAGUUCAAAGAAUGUUAAGACUGUUUUAAAAAAUGUGCUAAAAAACUAAGUGUUUAUUUUGGCUUCAUUGUGAAGUUACAAUUUACCUGUAUAUAAGAGUAUAUUCUUGAAUUUACUCUACACGUUGCAGAUUGUUUUUCAACUAUUCUUAAACGUUUCUGAGAGCGUUCUUGUUUAAAUGUAUUUUAAUCAAAAAGCAUUCGUAUAGAUUUUUGGUCACUUUGAAAACCUUUGUUUUAGCGCACGGGUAAUGUGCUUUUAUUAUGAAGCAAAAAACCGGAAGAAUUGAAAAUUUGAUGCAGUUUACUUCCGCAAUGUUCUGUUUUGUUACGUCAUUAUCAACACUGCUGAUAUAGACCGACUGAGAGAAGUUCAUCGUUUUUGGUCGUCAAUAAGUCUUUUUUAUAUUUUUUAAACAAGUUGUCAAACGAGUAACAAUAAAAUCCAUCAUAGACGAUGCAUUUCAGGAUACCCGAUUGUCGCGUAAUGAUCUUUAAACCAGCACGAUUGUGUUAGACACGAGAUGCUUCUGGCGGAUUUAAGAGGAUCUAAGAACUUCAAAAGUUUCAACGAAUACACGAACGACCACUUUUACAUUGCAUCCGAAGAACACUUCAAGUAGUUUAACAGUAAUUCAAAUGUUUCUUCUAUCAGGUCAUGGCAUCACCACAGAUAAAGGAGCGGCCAUCAGGUGUUGUGUUAAACACAAUCUCAAAAGGAGCAUCUCCAGAAUCAAAAUGCCCAAUCUGCCUGGAUCACUUUAAAAACAUAUCAUAUCUUGAUGUGUGCCUUCACAAGUUCUGCUUCUGCUGCAUCCAUGAAUGGUCCAAGAACAAAGCUGAAUGCCCUUUAUGCAAACAGCCAUUUAAUUCAUUCUAUCACACUAUUAAGUCUGAAGAUGACUACAAGAGGUUUGACCUGCGACCAACUGAAAAUGGCUCAUUUGGAAACAUGGCAGGGCAAAGAUUCAGGUAUCGCACCACGCUUACAGGUGACCGCAGACCAGUACAGAGGCGAACGUCUCCUCCUCCCGACCAUGGGAUCAUAUUUGAGGGUCUGAGAGGAUCUCUUCCACAACGGCACAACAGAGAUCUACAUAGCAUGAUCAGGAGGCUGACAGUAAGGCAGAGAAGAGAGAGUGAGGGUAGGUCUUUGCGAAGUCUUCAAGAUCAAGAAGUGGUUAAGUUCAGACGAGCCUUGUACAGAAGAGGUGUGCAGGUCCAAAGCGUGCAGGAUGGUGGGCGUACGAGAGAGACCUCAGCAGAGUUCUUCAAAAGAAAUCCUGCUUGCCUCCACAGGCUUGUACCUUGGCUGAGACGAGAACUGACUGUUCUGUACGGUGCUCAUGGUUCUCUGGUCAACAUUGUGCAGCACAUCAUUAUGACUCUGAUCACUCGACAUAACUUGGACGACCAGGCUGUUCAACAUGAGCUUCGGCCCUUCUUACUGUCCCACACAGAGCACUUCUUACAUGAGUUUCUCAGCUUUGCUCGAUCGCCGUUCAAUAUGGAGGCAUAUGACCAACGUGCUGUUUAUGACUUGCCAAGACCUUCAGGAGAAAGUAGCAGUUCGGAAAACUCUGUGAUCGCCAUCUCUGAGGAUGAGAGCGAAUCUUUAGUGUCAGGAGCCCAGGAUUUUGCCACUCCUAGGGUGACCUCAAGCCAAACAGCAUGGGAUGAUGAGACUCCAGGACCAUCCUACUCUUCAGAGCGUUCUCAGGUGUUACCCGUCCACGUGAGGGACUCAGACUCUGAUAGUAGUGUAGGGGAAGCAGUAAUGCCUAUUGCUGCAGUACGACAUCAGGACCAUCCAGCAAAUCCUUCUACUAUUCAACCAGAAGAGGAUCAUUCCUCUAGCAAUGAUGAGGACUGUGUUAUUAUUGGCUAUGUUAAGCCCGUGGCAGAGAGGACACCAGAACUGGUCCAGCUUUCUUCUGAUUCUGAAAAUUCCGAGACUGAGCAGAAUGCAAGUCCACGAAACUCUCAAGCUCCCCAACACAUUCGUUUUAUUUCAGAUUCAGAUGCAUCACCCACUGCCUCACAGAGACCCUUGAGGGGGCCAGCAAGUUCUUCACGCUCAUUUGAAGACACCUCCAUACAACUUAGAAAAAACAGUAAAUAUGACAAUACUUUUUCAGGAUCUAGAGAAGGAUCCUCACAAAGCAAAAGGAUACACUCUUCGUCUCAUAGAAAGAAGCAACCAUUGUGUAAAGAGAGCAAGAAUAAGCAGAGAGGGGAAAAGGAAACAAGUCGUCACUCUUCAUCCUAUUGGCAUUCUUAUAGCUAUUACAGUCAUGACAACAGCAGAAAAGCUUAUACAGAAACAAGCUCAUCUUAUACAAGCUACUACAGAAGUGUAAAUGAUCAGUUUGGUUCUCGAUCACACGGCAAAAGAAGAUGUAGGGACCUUCUGGACAGAAGUCGCUCAAGGAGUAAUUCAAGAAUAAGCCAGUCGAAUCGGCGUAAUAGGAGUCGCUCAAGGAGUAAUUCAAGAAUAAGCCGGUCCAAUCAACGGAAUAGAAGUCACUCAAGGAGUAAUUCUGGAAAAAGCCAAUCCAAUCGGCGUAAUAGAAGUUGUUCAAGGAGUUAUUCAAGAACAAGCCCAUUUAAUGAACGGAAUAGAAGACACUCAAGGAGUAAUUCUAGAAAAAGCCAAUCCAAUCGGCAUAAUAGAAGUUGUUCAAGGAGUUAUUCAAGAACAAGCCCAUUUAAUGAACGGAAUAGAAGACACUCAAGGAGUAAUUCUAGAAAAAGCCAAUCCAAUCGGCAUAAUAGAAGUUGUUCAAGGAGUUAUUCAAGAACAAGCCCAUUUAAUCAACGGAAUAGAAGACACUCAAGGAGUAAUUCUAGAAUAAGCCAGUCCAGUCGGCAGAACAGAAGUCUCUCAAGGAGUAAUUCUAGAAAAGGCUAUUCAAAUCGGCGGAACAGAAAUCAUUCUAGGAGUAGUUCUAGAGUAAGCCAGUCCAGUCAGCGGAACAGAAGUCACUCAAGGAGUAAUUUUAGAAUCAAGUCUAGCUCCUACAAAAGUCAAGAUGAAAAAUAUCAAAGAAGCCUUUCUAGAUCCCUUUACUCCAAUAAUGAUGUCAGAAGUCGCUCAAGAAGCAGUUCCAGAAUAAACACCUCUAGCCGCCAGGACCGAAGACGCUCAAGGAGCAGUUCUAGAAUGAAUUCCAGCUCCUCACGCCAGACAUCAUGCCACGAUAAAUAUGGUAAAAAAAGGAUGUACAAAACAAAGCAUCAUGAGAAACCCUCAAGGCAGAGUUCUAGUAAAUCGGUUGGCGAUUCUGAUGAAGUAGGUGGAAAAAAGAAAAAAAAGAAGCAUACUAAAAGGAGGAAAACUAGAAGUCCAAGCAUAGAUGACAGAUCUGAGGGCCACAGUCAGAGACAUCACAAGAGGAAGAAGAAACACAAGAAGAAGAGCAAGAGACAUAACAGUAAGGAGAGGACGAGAAAGCUCAGCCCUGUUCUCAUUACAAUUACUACUGACAGUGAUGGUGAAAGUGCUGACCCCAGUGAACCCUCAACCAGCAGUGUUUGUGCCAUUAGAUCUACUGUCUUAAUAGCAAACAUGGCUACAGAAGCUUUCCUAGACAAUGAGCAUCAGUCAACAGCUGGAACUGAAAAUAGUUCUGUGGGUGAUGCAGGAAAUUACCCCUAGUCUGCUAAACUCCAUUGCCAUCAUGAUUUUGUACACAACGUUUUUGUGAACUUUUCAACUUGUUAAUUCAGAUACUUUUCUUUUUUGUGUGAUGGCCAAAUGCAUUUUAUUUUUAAUAAACAGAGAAGGGUUGGACUUUAAAUGUGAUGAUUAUGAUUUGAUUUCUUUUUUUGAAUACAAAAUUUUUAGAGAAUGUAUGUACAUGUACAUUACAGAUUUUAAAAUUUCAAACCUGCAAGCAGGUUCAAAGUCACCAAUUUUUAAACUGUUCGUUUUUUAUUUGAUUGUUUCAAAUAAAUUGAAAAGGCUAAUCUAAA